AUGGACCCCAACCCGUCCCAGGCCCCCAUCUUGGACACGCUCGACAAGACUGCAGGCCAUGGAUUUGCACUUCCCGUGAAGAGAAUACACGAUGGCGACGACGUCACUGCGUUCUUGGCCAGCAGGGCCUACGCCGACAUCAUGACCUUCAUCUUCCAGCUCAACACGGCCAUGAUCCCACGGGCGGUAGAGACAAAAGAGCAGGGAGAAGAGGCAGCGCCAGCCAAGGAAUGGCAACUCAACGACAAAGACGUCGCCUACCCGUCCGUUGUGCACAGCCUCGCCAAGCUUCUAGACACCCUAACCGCCAUCAUCGACGAAGCACCACCAGACCCGGGGCCCCGCCGCUUCGGAAAUAUCAGCUUCAGAACAUGGUACGACAUUGUUCGCGAGCGUGUCCCAGGACUCCUAUACGAGCACUUGCCCCAGCAAGUUCUCGACUUCAAAUCCACGUCCGACAUCAGCGCAAAAAGCGAACUUGAAGCCUAUCUCCUCGGUAGCUUUGGCAGUUCGCAGCGCCUCGACUACGGCACAGGCCACGAGCUGAGCUUCCUCGCUUUCCUCGGCUGCCUCUGGAAACUGGGUGCGUUCCCAGAAUCGCAAGAUGGCGACCAAGAGCGCGCCAUUGUCCUCGGAGUCUUGGAGCCCUAUCUCGCGCUGAUCCGCCGCCUCAUCCUGACAUAUACCCUGGAACCCGCAGGCUCACACGGCGUGUGGGGUCUCGACGACCAUUCAUUUCUCCCAUACAUCUUUGGCAGCGCACAGUUCUCCCCGGCCAUCACAACGCCCGCCGAUGUAGCAGCAGAGGGCUCCUUACCCACGGCCCCCCACCCCGGCGACGUGGCCAAGGCCCCAGCCGUUGCGCGAGAACGCACCAGAAACAUGUAUUUCAGUGCCAUUGGCUUCAUCUACGACGUGAAAAAGGGUCCCUUUUGGGAACACAGCAACAUCCUCUACGACGUCUCUGGUGUGAAAGCCGGCUGGGCCAAGAUCAACAAGGGCAUGAUAAAAAUGUACAACGCAGAAGUCCUCUCCAAAUACCCCGUCGUCCAACACUUCCCCUUUGGCUCCCUCUUCUCCUUCUCCCCGGACCCCAACGCAAAGAAAAUCCAAGCAACAGUACAUACAGCUUCGCAGCCAAAAGCAUCCUCUACGCCUUCCAACACGGCGCCCACCGCACGUCCCCAGCCACCGUUGCGUGAUCCGCUCGCCGACCCUUCGUCUUCAGCUACCAUGGCCACGAGACCGCCAGGUGGAGCGGUCGGCACGGCGGCACCUUGGGCGAGAGGCGCAACAGGACCAGGAGUCCCGAGUGGAGUGAAUCAACCUACGAGGGCGCCGUGGGCGAGCAGGACACCUGCUCCACCGCCGCCGUCGACGACGAUGGCGGGAGUCGGGACGGCGGCGCCGUGGGCGAAGAAGGAUGCUGGCGGUGAUGCGCAGCAGAGUACUCGAGCACCUUGGGCGAACAAGCGAUAA